AUGGAGCAGGUCGCGUCCGCGAUGGACGCGGAGCCCCGGAGGAUGGACGCGCGCGAUACCUCCGCGGCGCUUGCCGCGCUCCUCCGAGCACCGAAGCACCGCGAGUUCCCCUCGUUGCUCGCGCGCACGGGCGACGAGGUUCGCGCCGCGUUGGACGCCGAGCGACACCACCACGCGCUCAUGCAGGCCGCGCGCCCCACGCUUCACCAAGCGGGACAACUCCGCGGCGUCCUCGUCGAGGGCAUCGUCAAGAACCAGAUCGUCUUCAAGCUCUCCACCGAGACAACCUCCCUCGCGGUCUCCUACCUGGACGUUUUCUUGGGCUCGGGGAAGUACUCGGUGUUGCCCGAGCAGGGUUGGGCCUACCACCUCGUGGCCAACGCGUGCAUGACCCUCGCGGUGAAGUUCCAGGAGCCCUGCGAUCCGACCGACCCGCGGCCGGACGCCGCGGCCAUCCAGCGCCACGUGGACGUCGCGUUCGACCGCGUGUGCGUCCAGAAGAUGGAGUCGCUCGUGCUGCAGGAGUUGGGGUGGAGGCUCAGCCCGCCCACGCCGGCGAGCAUCAUCCCGCGGCUCCUCAUACUCCUCGGCCACGACCCGACGGACGACGAGUUCGCCGAUAUAUGCGGACGGACCGAUGUCUACGCGCUCGCGAUACUGUACGACGUCAACUUCAGCAGCAGGCGCGCGACGUGCGUGGCCGCCGCCGUCGUCGCGGUGGUGCUCGAGGACCGGGAAGGUUAUGAUCGAGACGAAGUGAUCCGAGCGAUUGUCCGCGCGUUCGACGACCCGGGCGGCAUCGGCGAGGAGGGCAUCGCCUCGUGCGCGAGGAUGGUGGACGACUUUCGCGCGGCUUUGUCCUCGUCGUCGGCGGGCGACGCCAUCGUGGGGGACUGA